AUGGGAGGGAUUCCGAAUGUGCGGUGGUUACCCAGCAAAUGGCGGCGUGAUUGGCCGGGAGUUGCAUAUGCAAGGUACGGAGUACGGCCGAUUCGGCUCAAGGUUGGGCGGACGGCGGACGGCGGACGGCGGACGCUCGCCACGUUGACCUGCAGUGCAGCCAAAGAUGAAGAGUGCCCCGCUGCCGCCAAUAAUCUCAAUCCACACUUGAUGGUAAGAAGCGGAGGUCUUGCUGAGCGGAAAUUAAUUAAAAGUGGGUUCAGCCCGCGCAUCCGCCUGCCGCCUGCCGCCUGCGUGAGUCUGACCCGAAACCUUGAUCGACGCUGCCCGCUGUCCUGCUCUUUGCCUGAGCAUCUUCCUCUGCAUGCAGUCGAUACCAGUGCUUCACAGCCAUCGCAUCGCAUCGCAUCGCAUAUUCGUCCCGGCAAAAUCCGAUCUGAAGAGCGAGAUAUCAGGCUGGGAUGCGUUCAGGCAGAUGAUACUGGCGGCACCCUCCUCAGUGGUCAGCGGAACCAAACUGUCAGAGAAAUACAGCAGGUGCAUCUUCUGCCACCGGAAGGUCGAAAAGCUGGCCGCAGAAAGGAAGAAGUCCUUGGCCUCAACAGCAUGCCAUGCUUUGGCGCCGACUCAAGUUCACAGACAGUAACCCCCGUCCCACCCAACAAAUCUUCGCCAUCCGACCAAUUUUUGUUCGCCGCCAUCGCGAUCCGUGAUUCUGGCCGACGGUGCUGUGUCGCGCCGUGGAAGCCUGAAGGCCUCGAGUUCGUUAUGCUGAGGGCAAUCGCCCCCGAGAGCUGCUUACAGACCGGAACGGUUUCACGCUCUGACAAGUCCAGCGUCUUCUGCGAACUGCAGAGCCUGUGCUACCAGUUUCGAAAUCUGCAAGAUGUAGACUCACCUGCUCACGUUAUGAACAUACACGAGACACAGAUUGGUCAGCAAAACGCGAGAGAGUAG